AUGUCCUAUUACAAUCUUCCUUGGGGCGACAUUCGGGCAGUCAUAUACAGGGAUAACAUCCUAUAUUUUCUGCUAUCACUCUGCUCCAACCUCUUUGACCUACUUCUAGUUCUUCCGGAGUGGCCCUUUGGAAUGAGCCCUCGCGGGGCAACUUGGUUUAACGCCUCCAUGCUCCUUCUUUCUUCAUUGCAGAAAUACGUCUGGACACCCCGCAUCGUGCUUCAAACUCGGGAUCAUUAUGAUCGCUUCUGCGUUAACGUCGAUGGCCAAUACCAGGAGCGUGGUGCAACAAUCAAUGACGAAACAGGGGUGGGGACCAUGGUCUUUGCCGCCGCCGCACCAGCCACUUCCAUCCCCUGA